UCUUUUCAGUCGAGUCAUUUUGUGAAAGAUCGGCGCUAAUUAACCGCCAGGUGUUAACGUCUUCUGAUGCAAGCAAUCACACUAAGCAGCGCCAGCUGCGUAAGACUUGCUCACCUGAUGAGAGCCAGAAUUCGCCAGUGUGAACCAUCCAUAAGAGCGUUUACUGUCAGAUAUGAGCGCGGGUCAAAGGUCACAGGUGGCCCUCUUUGAAAGCCAUCAAAGGGAAGCAGAACAAGAUGCCUCCGAAUCUGCAGUCCUCUACCUUUUCCACGAGGUUUCCAAACUUGAGGCCUCCUUGCAAAGUGGUGUACUGGACACCGGAUCGCUGAAUGACAGUCAAGAUGAAAAGGUUGAAAGGGCUCAAGCCUCCGUCAACCCGAAUUUGUUGUCAACUUAUGAACACAAUGAACGGCUGGUGUGCGGCAAGGGCGAAAUUGAGUCCCCACCUGGAGGCCACAGCCCUUGGAGAGUGUUGAGUCUGAUCAACCUGCAGUGUGAGAGGCUCAUGGAUCUCGGAGAAGAGCAUGCAGACUCGAGAUUGUUUUUUCCCACCGAAUGUGGUGUCGCCUCUGCACACAAAUCAGGAACUGGUGCCAGUGUUGAAUGCACUUUGAGACCAUCACCCGUUGCAGGGAUCGCCACUUGUGGCGUGCCGGUGGUUGAUGAGCAAGAGAAUUGCUUUGCUUCUAAAGCCGAGACUGGUGACAAAGAGAUGACUUUUCGUGGGCCACCACCGAUGCUUGACAAAGACGCAGCAGAGGAACAAGCUCCCGUGUCCUCUCGGCAAUCUAAAACACAGCCAGUGUCGAGUGUUGACAUGUUGGAGGGGAGUCAUGACCGCUCCUCCGCGGAACAUCACAAUGCUGACACCCAUGUCUUUGAAAGUUCUUUGUCCCUUGUGCACAUGCCUGAUACAUCCCUUAAUCGUGAAAAGGAUUUUGACUCAGACAGCGUGAAGCGAACAUGGCCAGCUGGCACCCUCGACCACAAUGCAAACCUAAUGUUGGGCAGUCAUUGGCCCUCCAAACCAGAUGACGGCAUGCUGCCAUCAAAAUCACACAGUGCACAUGCGCCCAUUGAGGAAAAACCGCAGCGCUCUCCCGCCACCACAGUGACCUCACACUUGAGGUCAAAGGAGGGAAGUGCAACGCCCGUGGCUCAGCACUUGUGGAGAAACAAAACGGCUAGAAAGCAAGCCAAUCCCAGUCGCAGCGGCGAUAUCCAUGACCCGCGCUUCCAGGGAGUCGCAUUCCGGAUGAACGCAGAGCUGAAUGGCAGCAGGCAACAGUGUCGGCUCCGCAUCACAUCCAAGUACAGCAAGGUGCACUGCAGGAGCUUGUGGAAACAGAGGAGGAGGACUCAAACAUCACGAACGACCAGCAACUCUGAGGAAGACAGUGAACCUAGUGCCUCGGGGGGCAAAGUUUGUGCGUCGUGCUGUACCAGAAAGACCCCCAUGUGGAGAGAUGCAGAAGAUGGGACCCCUCUCUGCAACGCUUGCGGCAUAAGGUACAAGAAGUACAGGGUACGCUGCGUCAACUGCUGGCAUAUCCCGAGAAAGGAAAGCAACUCCAACUCACACUGUCUCAAGUGUGGACAUUUUGUGAGAGUGACCUCCACUCAGUACAAACACACCACCUAAGAGUACAUCGACCCCCCCCCCCACUUCAUGGCCCUAUGCAAACUCAUGAACACCUUAUUUCACCGCUUACCCACAUGUUGUAAAUUCACCACGACAUGAGAAAUCGCCAUUGCAGAAUUCACGGUCAGCAGCACAAGUGUCUCUCUAUCCUACUGUGUAUUACAUUUGCUUCAGUAUUGCAAAGUUGCUCUGAUGGCUAAUUUCGCGCCAACUCAAAGGCACAUCAGAGUAAACAAAUACUGACGGUUAAAAAUAAGAAUAAUAAUUUUAAAAACUGACAGCUCUUAAAUUAGCUACAUUCACAGGAGGAAGAUGUCUGUCUAUGAAAACACUUUAGAGUGUAAAUGUUUGUUGUGGCUGUUAAGUUAAAGAUCUAAAUUAACGUUUCAGCGGAUCUUUGGGAAGAAAUGUGAUGUGGACACUCGCCGAGGGUCAAUCGUUAAGCUGCAAAUGUCUCAAAACAUGGAAUGCUGGUGCAUUCAUCUGCCAUUUACUGCAGAAACUCUCUCCACGUAACAGCCAAAUUGUGUUUUGUGGCACUCAGGAACUGAUGCUCCUUUUUUUUGUUGUUUUUGUCAAUGUGUGCAUUGAGGUGGUUUUUUUUUCCUUUAUUUGGGUUGAGUGUGGUUUUGGGGUGGUACUGUAUUUUAUGACUAGCUUAUGAGGGUCACUGGUUUUCUUGGUGUGCAUGUUUGUGAGGAUAUAAAAAGGCAAUUUUGUGUGAACGUUGAUGUUGUUGGUCUGCAUUAAAAUUUGUGUGAAUAGCCCAUUGUUGCCUCAUUUGGAGCACAGAUCCAAUAUUCAAAGCACAUUAAUUACAGUCGUCUAAGAGGAGUGGUGGUAUAUUUAGUACCGUAGGACCAAUUGCAAACACACGAGCGGGAGGGAAGCGGUGUGCGUUAAACACGUCACCGUUCUGUGAGCCCGCAUGCAGUGUGGCGCUCUCGCCACAGUGGGUGGCCUCACAUGGACGGAUGCUGCGCAAACUAUUGUUUGAUAAAACCGAUGACGUCUUUCUCUAAUUCCAAACAGCCAAAGAGACUUUCCUCUCUUGACUUUGCCAAAACAUCCACCAAGGACGAGCGCCAAAGGAAAUGAGCUGAAUGAGCCAAGAACAUUAAAAAAA